CAACUUCCUACCUUCCCAUCGCUCAAGUUUACCCACCGAAUAUACCCAUCCUCUGACCCGAUCGUCAUGGCCGACCAAAAACCCGGGCAAUUCUUCAGCGGCAAUACCAACAGUUUUAACGUGAGUCAUAGUUACAAUGGCGCGGGUACGUACCGGAAAGAUGGAAAAACUCCGUGGCCAACGCCCUUCCCCCCAGGUUUCCCGUUUGGCGCGGCCGGCGGCGGCUUCGAUCCCAACAAACUGAUAAAUCACCUUGAGGGCGUCUUUGGUAGAGGUGCUAUCGGUAACCAAGUUCCCGCGAUGACGCAGAACAUCGUCAAUGGCGUUAUCGUCCCCGGAGGUGGCCUUAGCAGGGCUGUGGAGUCGGAGUGGAAAAUGAACGUGGGCAUCGGUCAAGGAACUUUCGGGGCCGUGUUUUUGGAGCAGGUGGAGGUGAGUCGUCAUGGGGUUACCGAAUAUGAACUGUGGGCCGUCAAGAGAAUCCCGAAAGGCGUUCAAAGUUUUCCCGCCGAGCAGUAUAAGAAGGAGAUUGCGCUUUUGGGGGCGCUAAAGCAGAACGAGCUAUUCGUCAAGUUUAUCAAAUCCACCGAGGACGAACAUCAUGUCUACAUCGCCAUGGAAUAUCUACCGCUGGGGGAUAUGUCGAAAAGCUUCGCAGAUUACAAAUGGGGCGAAAACGAUGUGCAUGUCGUAAUGGAGCAGCUACUAAUGGGGGUGGCAAUAAUGCACGAGAAGGGGAUUGCCCAUCGCGAUCUCAAGCCAGAGAACGUAUUUCUCUGGCUACCAGACCCAGACCAACCGGCCCUUCGUGUAAAGAUCGGCGACUUUGGCACCUCAAAACGUAUCCCUGUAAACAACAACGCGACAUUCCUCCACACAACCGCGGGCACAAUCUCGUACAUGGCUCCAGAGGUCGACGGGGAUGAUAUGCAACCGGCGUACACACAGGGGGUCGACGUGUGGUCAUUGGGCUGUAUUAUGUUCAGAGCAGUGACCGGACAUGUCCCUUUCGGAGGCAGACGAGAUGUCUGGCAGUACUCCAUGGGGGGGCAAUUCCCACCGGCUGGCGUCGAAAACAUAGGGCUCAGCCGGGACGCUAUCGGCUUCUUGGCCGCGCUUUUACAACCCGAUCCGAAGAGCCGACCGUCGGCCGGGGAGUGCUUGAAGCUGCCCUGGAUCACCAACAAGCCGUCGUCACCCCAUUUCCUCAUCGGAGCUGAUCUUCACAAGAGGUUGCGGACAAGACAGAUUGCAGAUCUGGCGAAACUAGAUGCCGAAAUUAAAGGGGAAACGUCCAACUAAGGGCUUGAGGGUGUUUGUCGCAGGACAUACUAGUAGAGUUGCCCGUGAUUUCUCUUCAGGAUUUUUGUAUUUUUUUUUUUUUGUAUUUACGCCGAGAUGAUACCCCUUCAUGCUCUCCCCCGGUGUUUCUGGAGCGUUUGGUGGAGCAUUAUGACAUCUUCAACCUCUUUCCUCCGUUCCCUCUUUUUUUCCCCCCCUCCCAGAAAAUUUUUCUUCUCUUCAUUGCAUCUUCUGUCGCUACAAAUUCAAUAUAUCCGGACCCGA